AUGAGGGUACCAACUCGGCAGCUCUUGGGUGCUGCGAAUCAGAACGUCACGGCGCCGAAGCUGUGGCAGGAUCCGGUCCUUGGAUACUUCGAGACUCACGGAAAGAUGGAGUUCAAGGCCGGCGAGCAGUACAACCUGACCCAGGACGAGAAGAAAGCCGUCUUGUGGAGGUAUCGCGUCAAGGAGAUCUUGAAGAAGGAGUAUUUGCGACGAGAAUACGAUCCCCACAGCUUCAAGUACAAGGCUGGCGUUGUCAUGGAUCCUGCCAUGUUCCGCUGGUACUCGGCUGACAUGACCCAAGCCGAGUUUUUCCGCGCUACCCCUCGAUCCGUGUUCCUCUACAUGGGAAGCGUCUUCCUCGCCUUCUACCUCUACACUAGGCUGCUCUAUGUUCCGAUUGACAAGAAUAACGAGGCGUGCCUCGACGGAGACCUCUUGUGCAUCUUCGAGAAAUUGGCUACUGGCGAGGGAUUGAACGCGCUUUGUCGGUACGCCAAGCCGCCGAUCCACAUUCCACUUGUCAUUUCAUAUAUCUUGGCUUACAAAAAGGGGCUCCACAAAGCUAGCAUUAAUGCCCUGCACGACGUUCGCCCGCGUCAUGAAUUUUUGGAUGUUUGGCCAAUCGAGGUGGAUGACGAGCUUGACAAUGAGCUGAGUUAUCUGGAAGACGAUGGGGAAGAGCCCAUGGCUGCCGAACUGGAGGCUGAGAUCGUCGCCCAGGGCGAACUGGUGCGCAAGGUGAAGGGCGACCCCAAGAGCAGUGAAGCCGACAAGAAAGAGGCCAUCGAGAAGUUGCUAGCCCUGAAACUUUCGUUCAAGGAAAAAACUGGACAGGAGUACCAGGCUCCCGGAGGCGGGCGACGCGACAACAAGAAGGGCGGAGAGAACAAGAAAAAGGAAGAGAAACCGAAACAAGCCAAACUUGAAGAGGCCAAGGGAGAUGGAAAGAAGAGCAAGCUGGGCAUCGAGACAAAGAAGGACGACAAUUACUCCGAGUGGUAUUCUCAGGUGAUCACAAAGGCUGAGAUGAUUGAGUACUACGACGUCUCCGGCUGUUACGUGCUGCGCCCUUGGUCAUACGCCAUUUGGGAAGGAAUUCAGCAGUGGUUUGAUGCCGGAAUCAAGAAGCUCGGCGUGAAAAAUUGCUACUUCCCGAUGUUCGUUUCAAACGCUGCCCUGGAACGCGAGAAGACCCACAUCGCCGAUUUCGCCCCGGAGGUCGCCUGGGUCACGAGGGCCGGAAACUCGGAAAUGGCCGAGCCAAUUGCCAUCCGCCCCACAUCCGAGACUGUGAUGUACCCCUCGUACAAGAAAUGGGUCCAAUCCCAUCGUGACUUGCCGAUCAAGCUCAACCAGUGGUGUAACGUUGUGCGCUGGGAGUUCAAGCACCCUACUCCAUUCCUGCGUACCCGUGAAUUCCUUUGGCAAGAAGGCCACACCGCUUAUGCCAACGCCAAGGAUGCCGAGGAGGAAGUGUUCAAGAUCCUCGAUCUCUACGCUGGCGUCUACACGGAUCUGCUGGCCGUUCCCGUCGUCAAGGGACGCAAGUCAGAGAAGGAGAAAUUCGCCGGUGGCGACUUCACGACGACUGUUGAAGCAUACGUGCCUGUGAAUGGACGCGGUAUUCAGGGAGCCACAUCUCAUCAUCUUGGCCAGAACUUCUCCAAAAUGUUCGACAUUUCGUUCGAGGACCCCAGCGGGAAUGGCCAAAAGAUGUUUGCCUACCAAAAUUCGUGGGGACUUUCCACCAGGAGCAUCGGCGCUAUGGUGAUGAUCCACGCCGAUGACAAUGGACUGGUGCUCCCUCCCCGAGUGGCCUGUAUUCAGGCUAUUGCUCUCCCUGUCGGAAUUACUGCCCAAACCAGCGAGGAGCAGCGAAACAAGAUUACCCGGGCCACUGAGAGCAUCGUCGCUCAAUUGGUCGAAGGUGGCGUUCGCGCCGAAGCCGAUCUCAGGGACAACUACUCGCCCGGCUGGAAGUUCAACCACUGGGAGCUGAAGGGUGUCCCGAUCCGCGUCGAGAUUGGCCCCAAGGAUUUGGCAGCCAACCAGGUGACGGCCGUCAUCCGAUUCAACGGCGAAAAGAAGGCCAUCAAGCGCGAUAACAUUGUCGAGUCGUUGAAGAGCCUCCUUGAGGAGAUUCACACGGCAAUGUACGAAAAG